UGAUAAAGGAUUUACUUUUGGCGGUGAGAGGAGAGCCUUGCCUCUAGAUAUUUAUAUAUAUAAUCACAUUUAGGACCAUGGAUGGGAGGCCUGUUGGGAAAACGCAUGUGAUGGAUACAAUCAAGAGCGGUCGAUGAAGAAUGGGCAGGUGUCAAAGGUAGAGGGAGUGGCCCGGUGCUGUCAGUCCGUCUGUCGGUCAUCAUCAUGACAUCAGAGGCCCGCUCGUCCCAUUGGCUCUGCUGGCUCACCUCACCUUCCAGGUACCGAACAUGCCUUCAGCUGAUCUGGGUGCUGCUGGUGGGGUUCAGCCCGGGUUCGUGGGCCCAGCAGGGCAACCAGCCCGGGUCCAUCAAAAUCGAGGGCGACAUCAAAUUGGGCGGGCUGUUCCCCAUGCACUCUCGGGGCCCUGCCGGUGUGCCCUGCGGGGAGAUCAAGAGAGAGAAGGGGAUCCACAGAUUGGAGGCCAUGCUGUACGCCUUGGAUCAGAUCAACAGCGACCCGGACAUCCUGCCUAACAUCACUCUGGGGGCCCGGAUCCUGGACACCUGCUCCAGAGACACCUACGCCCUGGAGCAGUCGCUCACCUUCGUCCAGGCCCUCAUCCAGAAGGACAACUCAGACGUGCGAUGUUCCAACGGAGAGCCGCCCAUCAUCCCCAAACCGGAGAGGGUGGUCGGGGUGAUCGGGGCGUCGGGCAGCGCCGUGUCCAUCAUGGUGGCCAACGUGCUCAGACUGUUUGCGAUUCCCCAGAUCAGCUACGCCUCCACGGCCCCCGAGCUGAGCGACAAAAGCCGCUACGAGUUCUUCUCCCGUGUGGUGCCUCCGGACUCCUACCAGGCCCAGGCCAUGUUGGACAUAGUGAAAGCCAUGGGCUGGAACUACGUCUCCACGCUGGCCUCGGAGGGAAACUACGGAGAGAGCGGCGUUGACGCCUUCCUCCAAAUAUCCAGAGAAGCAGGGGGGAUCUGUAUUGCACAGUCCAUAAAGAUUCCCAGAGAGCCCAGACCGGGGGAGUUCGAGAAGAUCAUCAAGAGACUGAUGGAGACCUCCAACGCUCGCGGGGUCAUCAUCUUCGCCAGCGAGGACGACAUCAAACGGGUGCUGCAGACGGCCAAAUCGGCCAACCUGACGGGCCACUUCCUGUUUGUUGGCUCCGACAGUUGGGGAGCCAAAAGUUCCCCGAUCCAGGACCAGGAGGAUGUGGCCGAGGGCGCUGUGACCAUCCUGCCAAAGAGAGCCUCUAUCGAUGGGUUCGACCAGUACUUCACUUCAAGAUCGCUAGAAAACAACCGAAGAAACAUCUGGUUUGCAGAGUUCUGGGAGGACGACUUCAAGUGCAAGUUGACCCGCCCCGGCAUAAAGUAUGAACUUGGUAGAAGGAAAUGUACAGGUGAGGAGAGAAUUGCUCAGCACUCUCAGUACGAACAGGAGGGCAAGGUGCAGUUUGUGAUUGACGCGGUGUACGCCAUGGCCUACGCCUUACACAGCAUGCACAUGGACCUGUGCCCCGGAUACAUGGGCGUCUGCGACAAGAUGGACCCUGUGGAGGGACGGGAUCUGCUCCAUUACAUCCGCGCUGUCAACUUCAAUGGCAGCGCAGGAACUGGAGUCAUGUUCAAUGAAAAUGGAGACGCUCCUGGUCGCUACGACAUCUUCCAAUACCAGCUUUCUAAUGUCAGCAACCCCGGCUACAAGGUCAUCGGCCAGUGGACAAACCACCUUCGCCUCAAUCCGGAGGAGAUGCAGUGGUCAGGUGGUGACCGCAAGGUUCCCGAGUCGGUGUGCAGUUUCCCCUGCGAGUCCGGAGAGAGGAAGAAGAUGGUGAAGGGCGUUCCUUGCUGCUGGCACUGCGAGUUCUGCGACGGCUACCAGUACCUGCUGGACGAGUUCUCCUGCGACAUGUGCCCCUUCAACAUGAGGCCCUUUAAGAACCGCACAGGCUGCCGGGAAACGCCCAUCAUAAAGCUGGAGUGGAGCUCUCCGUGGGCCAUCAUCCCCGUGUUCCUCGCCAUCUUGGGCAUCCUCGCCACCAGCGGAGUCAUCGUCACCUUCAUCCGCUUCAACGACACGCCCAUCGUUCGGGCCUCCGGCAGAGAGCUCAGCUACGUGUUGCUGACGGGCAUCUUCCUCAUCUACCUCAUCACCUUCUUCAUGAUAGCCGAACCCAGCACAGGCGUGUGUGCGCUUCGCCGGCUGCUGCUGGGGCUCGGCAUGUGCAUCAGUUACUCCGCCAUGCUCACCAAGACCAACCGUAUCUACCGUAUCUUCGAGCAGGGCAAGGUUGCCGUUUCGCCCCCAAAAUUCAUCAGCCCCGGCUCUCAGCUGAUUAUCACCUUUAUACUCAUCGGAGUGCAGUUACUCGGGGUGUUCGUCUGGUUUGGUGUGUCACCGCCUCACACCAUCAUCGACUACGAGGAGCAGAAGCCCCCAAACCCAGAGUUCGCCCGUGGAGUUCUCAAGUGCGACAUGGGCGACCUUUCCCUCAUCCUCUGUCUGAGCUACAGCUUCGUACUGAUGAUCACCUGCACCGUGUACGCCAUCAAGAGCAGAGGAGUUCCUGAGAACUUCAACGAGGCCAAACCCAUCGGCUUCACCAUGUACACCACCUGCAUCGUCUGGCUGGCCUUCGUCCCGAUCUUCUUUGGCACAGCGCAGUCUACAGAGAAGAUGUUCAUCCAGACCACCACCCUGACGGUGUCCAUGAGCCUGAGCGCCACCGUAUCCCUGGGCAUGCUCUACAUCCCCAAAGUCUACGUCAUCGUCUUCCACCCGGAGCAGAACGUCCAGAAGAGGAAACGCAGCUUCAAAUCAGUCGCCACGGCAGCCACCGUGUCCAUCAAGUCCUUAGACAAACCCAACGGAGAGUCCAAGAUCGUGCCGGACAGAUCACAGUAAAAAACAUAAGAAAAAAACUCCAUAUUUGUAUCACCUCAAGUCACAAGCCCACACUGACAGCUGAUGAUAAAAGACUCAGAAUAUACUUUAGCUUUGGCUCGAUUGUUUGUUCCACUUUCCCUUUACUAUGGACUGAAACACCAGCGAAGACGUUCCUGGAUGUUUCUUUUCACACUUAUUUAGAUAACUCAGAUCUAAAUAUGGAAUAAGGCACAAAAAGGAAACGUUACGGUACACUCAAAGGAGAACUGGAAGGACGGUGAUCUGUCCUGAAUAUGAUUUUCAAUUGAAAGCUACAUUCACAUAAACGUCUCAACUUGACAAGGAGAUGUUAGUUUUAGCUUUCCCUGGGAAAUGCCGUUUAGGAAAAACAAGUUUAAAUGGCGACCUUUGCCCUACAGGAUGCUCAUCCACGGUGAGUCCCUUGGGGUCGAUGGAGCAUUGUUUACGGCUCCAGAAGCACUGCAUGGAUCGUGUUUUAUGUGUACAUGAAUGUUUUGAAAUAUUGUUUUGUACAGAGUGUUGUGACUAUUUCUUCUGAUUGCACCGGAAGGAACCGGCUUUUAAAAUGUCCCCUUUCUAUUUCUGAUGAUUGAGUCCCAUGGGGAGGGCGUAAUGAAACACUUUAGUCUAAUCACCCACAGCGGAACCAUUCGACGUCCAAUCACAAAUACAACAAAGCGUUUUACUUAAUUAGUGUGAUGUAUGCAAUUAUUAGAGUACAAGCUGGCUUUUACAGUGGAAACAGGAUAGUGAUUAGAGCAGGAUAUUUACAUUUACCUGUACUUUUGACUUCUCUGCAGUGUCAAACAAUGUUUGGCAUUUCCCUUUAUUGUUUGUCUAAAAUAUCAAGCCGUGUCCUUGAAGGCAAAAUGCCAAAAUAAUAGACAAGCUACUGUUUUGUUCAUGCAUGGGAACCUGGUCAGAAAACUUGAUUUUGUACAAUGAAAUGUUCUUAUUUCUGAAAACAAAAGUAAUUUCACAACAGUCCCUUAUUUGCCAGGAUAUGAUUUGCAGUGUGCUUUUUUGUUACUUUUUCAGAACUCAGGUUUUACUGAAGGUGUUUAAGAUGUUGAGGAUUUCCUUCUGUAAUGGUUUCAGCAGUUAACACAAUACAUUUACUGUUCUGAGAAAACACCGUCUGUAAGGCCCUCUGCAGGAGAAGUACUGUGGCUACAAGCACAGUCAAGAGGGAAUUGUUUGUAGACCCCACACAAACCUUAAUAAAAAAAAUAUAUUGUUUAUUA